AUGGAUUCUCUUGCCAUUCCUUCUCUUGUUUUGUUGUUUUAUCUUGCUGUAUCUUUGCUUGUUCCAAUUUUUCUCUUGCUCUGUGGUUUCUCCUGGUGUCCCUUCUCUUGCUCUGUGGUUUCUCCUGGUGUCCCUUCUCUUGCUCCUUGGUUUCUCCUGGUGUCCCUUCUCUUGCUCCGUGGUUUCUCCUGGUGUCCCUUCUCUUGCUCAGUGGUUUCUCCUGGUGUCCCUUCUCUUGCUCCGUGGUUUCUCCUGGUGUCCCUUCUCUUGCUCCGUGGUUUCCCCUGGUGUCCCUUCUCUUGCUCCGUGGUUUCUCUUGGUGGCCCUUCUCUUGCUCCGUGGUUUCUCCUGGUGUCCCUUCUCUUGCUCCGUGGUUUCUCCUGGUGUCCCUUCUCUUGCUCCGUGGUUUCUCUUGGUGUCCCUUCUCUUGCUCCAUGGUUUUUCUUGGUGUCCCUUCUCUUGCUCAGUGGUUUCUCCUGGUGUCCCUUCUCUUGCUCGGUUUCUCCUGCCAUUCCUUCUCUUGUUCUGUUGAUUUCUCUUGCUGUCCCAUCACUUGUUCCGUCACUUCUCUCACUCUAUGGUUUCUGUUGUCACCCCUUGUCUUCCUCCGUGGUUUCUCUUGCUGCACCUUCUCUUGUUCCAGUGUUUUAUCUUGCUGUCCAUUCACUUUUUCCGUCCCUUCUCUUGCAACCUGGUUUCUCUUGCUGCCCCUUCUCUUACUCUGUGGUUUCUCUUGCCUUUCUUUCUCUUGCUGUCCCUUUGCUCAUUCCAUCCUUUCUCUUACCAUCCCUUCUCUUGCUCCAUGGUUUCUCUUGCCCUCCUUUCUUUGGCUCUGUGGUUUCUCUUGCCGUCCCUUCUCUGGGUCUGUGGUUUCUCUUGUCAUCACUUCUCUUUCUCCAUAGUUUCUCUUGCUAUUCCUUCUCUUGCUCCAUGGUUUCUCUUAAUGUCCCUUCUCUUGCUCUAUGGUUUUUCUGGCCACCCCUUCACUUGUUCCAUGGUUUCUCUUGCCAUCCCUUCUCUUGCUCUGUGGUUUCUCUUGACAUUCCUUCUCUUGUUCCAUCUUGCUGUCCCUUCGCUUGUUCCAUCCCUUCUCUUGCCGUCCUUUCUCUUGCUCCGUAG